AUAGCUCUCCAUCUGACCAAAGAAACCAUCUGUGAGGGGCUAUCGUUAUUGUGCCGGACAGGAAACAGAUUAGGACAUGCUUUUAUCAGACUGGACCUCAAUAACAAAGGACUGGACAACAUAGUUGCAAUCAGCAGCUAUGUUCACAUACGCUUCCUGGACUUAUCCCACAACUACAUUACUGAUCUGUCACCUCUGGCAACAUUGAAUCACUUGCUUUGGUUAAAGGUUGACAAUAAUGCUGUGGCAUCCUUUAAAGGACAACCCUUUUCUGAGCUUCCCUACCUGCAGUGGCUGAGUAUUGCAACAAACAGGCUAACGGACCUCGAUGGUCUGUCUGGGCCUGCCUUGGAGAGCCUCAUUCUUACAGGAAACACAAUUCAGCAACUGAGCGGUUUUCAAAAGAGCCAUUUUGCUAAUCUGGUGACACUGGAGCUAAGGGAAGCCCACUUGGACACCACCAAUGGCAUUAACCUUCCAAAUUUGAGAAAAUUAUAUCUGGCCAAAAAUGUUAUCAACCGUCUUGAGGGUCUGGAGAAGUUAGAGCGUCUCACCAUUCUCCAUCUUCGAGACAACCAGCUUGAAUCUCUGGAUGGUCUCAGUCCCAACAUGAAGUGUCUUCAGUACCUCAAUGUCAGAGGUAAUUUAAUCAAAGAUGGAAAGGCGUUACAAAGCCUUGGCCAUGUGUCACAGACCCUGCGAGGUUUGGUCCUUUCUGAGAACUUACUGGUGGCAAUAUCAGACUAUCGCCUGAGUGUGCUAAUGAUAUUGCCGCAGCUGGAGCGACUUGACAAAGAACCUGUUUCCCCUGAGGAGAGAAAUGAAGUUCGAAGAAUGAUCAGGGAACUUGAUGAAGAGGAAAUACCUGAGCCAUGAGGUUUCAUAAUGUUGGCUAGAAAAAGGAAGUAUUGAGUUGACUUUUUUAAAAGAGGCAGAUUUUGCUGUGUAAAUGAGGAACUGUGAUUACACCUCCAUCUGAAAAAAAAURUUUAAAUCCAUCACAUCCUCAUUUAACAAUAAAUUUUUUGACUUUU